AUGGCAGAACAAAAAGUCGUGGAUCCAGAUACAAAGUAUAUCAAGCUGCAAGUAGUUGGUGGAGAAGUUCCUGGAGCAACUCUUGCUCAGAGGGUUGGCCCACUUGGUCUUUCAUCAAAGGUGGUUGGGGAAGACAUAAAAAAAGCAACCGCAGAUUAUAAGAGCUUAAAGGUCCAUGUAGAGCUUGCGAUAAAGGAUAGGAAGGCAACAGUGGAAGUCCAGCCUAGUAUUGCAACGCUGAUAAUCAAGUCUUUGAAGGAGCCCCCACGGGAUCGAAAGAAGGAAAAGAAUAUUCUUCACAACGGAAGCCUUAGGAUGACCGAGGUGGUCGAAAUAGCAAGGAUUGCUCGAUCUACCAGAUCAUACUCUAAAAGUCUUUCUGGAACAGUUAAGGAAGUUCUUGGAACAUGCAAGUCCAUCGGAUGUAAAAUUGAUGGGAAGUGUCCUAAGGAGGUCACUCAAGAGAUCAAUGCCGGAGAGAUCAGGCUACCCGAGGAAUAA